AUGAUUACUGAUGAUGACAUACAAAAGAUUGUUUUCUUCCAUUAUCCAAAUGAAAAAAUUUUAAAUAUUCUAUUUCCAUCCAAAUUAGGCUGUGAUAAUUUAAUAUAUCUUAUCAAAUUUGAAACUGGUAAGAUAAUUGUUUUACGUCAACCAUUGAAAAUAAAUUCCUCAAUUGCCUCAUCAACAUUGUCAUUUCAAUUAAAUUCAAACGGUUCAAUGCCAUAUUAUCCCAUGCAUCGGGUUGAACAUCAAGCAUGGAUACUUGAUUUAUUAAAUAGUCAUAAACGCAUCAAGCAUUUUGUGCCAGAAUUAUUAAUAUUAAAUCCGUCGAAGAAUUAUUUGAUAGAAAGUUAUAUACCAGGUAUCGAUCUCGAUGUUAAUCAUGAAUUAAUAUCAUUUGAAAUCUGUAAAGAAUUAGGUGAAUAUUUAUGUGCACUACAUUCAAUUGAAAUGCAACAAUUUGGUUAUAUGGGUGAGCAUAAAGGUACUGGUGUUUAUUUAUCAUGGUAUCAAAUGUUUGAAUUGGAUUUUAAUAAUCUUGUUUUAAAACAACCAGCUUUUCUUGAUAACGAACAGUAUGAACAAAUAAAACAAAUUUAUUUAUCAAUAAAAACAUAUUUAAUAGAAUUUAACCGAUCUGUACUUAUUCAUGGUGAUAUAGCUGGAGAUAAUGUACGAAUAUCAUCAUCAUUAAACGGCCAUUUGAAUGGUAUUAUUGAUUAUGGGGAUUGUUUAUGUGGUGAUGGUUUAUAUGAUUUAGGAAGAUUAUUAGUGUUUGUUAGAGGUGAAUGGAAAUAUAUUGAUGAUAUUGCACACGGUUAUAAACGGCAAGAAACAAAAAAAUGGACAAAAAAUGAAAAAAAAUGUAUUCAGUUUUAUGCAUGUUAUUUUGCUUUGUGGAUGGAAGUUGAUAAUGUAAUCAUGGAAAGAUUGUUAAAACCAAUUCAAGAAUGA